AUGGAGCCCCGCGACCUCGGGCGGCGGCGCGGGCCGGAGCCCCGCGACCUCGGGCGGCGGCGGGCGGGGUCGGUGCCGGUGGUGCUGGUGGCCGUGGCCCCGCUGCUGGGCUGGGCGCUGGGGGCCCGGCCCGUCCCGCCCCACCGGCCCCGCUUCUCGCCCUUCUUCUUCCUCUGCACGCACCACGGGGAGCUGGACGGCGACGGCCAGCAGGGACGAGUCCUCAUGUCCCUGCACAUCGCCGGCAACCCCAAGCGCUACGCCCCCGGACACGAGUACCAAGUGACUGUUUCCACAAGUACCUUCUUUGACGGCCUGCUGGUGACAGGACUAUACACCUCCACAGGCAUCCAAGCUUCCCAGAGUAUCGGGGGUUCUAAUGCUUUUGGAUUUGGCAUCAUGUCGGACCACCAGUUUGGGAACCAAUUCAUGUGCAGCGUCGUGGCCUCUCAUGUGAGUCACCUGCCCACCACCAACCUCAGCUUCGUUUGGAUCGCUCCGCCAGCGGGCACAGGCUGUGUGAAUUUCAUGGCAACGGCAACUCACAGAGGCCAAAUUAUAUUCAAGGAUGCCCUAGCCCAGCAGCUGUGUGAGCAAGGAGGUCCGACGGAAGCCACCACGCAAGUACAUCUUGCCGAAAUCCAUAGCGAUGGCCUGAUCUUACGAGACGACUUUGACUCAUCCCUCCAGCUGACUCUGAAUCCGAAGAUAUGGGUUGAAUGUUGCAACUGCGAGGUGGGAGAGCAGUGUGGGGUGAUUAUGCACGGCAAUGCAGUCACCUUCUGUGAGCCGUAUGGGCCGAGAGAAUUGACUACCACCGGCCUUAAUACGACAACAGCUUCUGCACUUCAGUUUUCUAUUGGGUCAGGUUCUUGUCGGUUUAGUUAUUCAGAUCCCAGCAUCGUCGUUUUGUACUCCAAGAAUAGUUCCGCCGACUGGAUUCAGCUUGAGAAGCUCAGUGCUCCUUCCAAUGUCAGCACCAUCAUCCACAUUCUCUACCUCCCUCAAAAUGCCAAAGGCGAGAACGUCCAGUUCCGAUGGAAACAGGAAGCUGUCCACGCUGGGGACGUUUACGAAGCUUGCUGGGCGUUAGACAACAUCUUAAUCAUCAAUUCUGCUCACAGACAAGUCGUUUUAGAAGACAAUCUGGAUCCAGUGGACACGGGCAACUGGCUCUUCUUUCCUGGGGCCACCAUUAAGCAUAGCUGCCAGUCCGAUGGAGACGCCAUUUAUUUUCAUGGAACUGAGGGCAGCGAGUUCAACUUUGCCACCACUCGUGAUGUCGAUCUUUCAACCGAGGAUAUCCAAGCUCAGUGGACAGAAGAGUUCGAGAGCCAGCCUAUGGGAUGGGACAUCCUGGGAGCCGUCAUCGGCACCGAAUGCGGAAUGCUGGAAUCGGGCUCCUCGCUGGUCUUCCUGAAGGAUGGAGAGAGGAAAGUCUGCACUCCGUACAUGGACACGACGGGUUUUGGGAACCUCAGAUUUUACCUCAUGAUGGGAGGAAUGUGUGAUCCUGGUGAGUCCCAUGACAAUGAUCUCACGCUGUAUGCAAAGAUCGAAGGGAGGAAGGAGCACAUUGCGUUGGAAACCCUCUCCUAUUCAUCCUACAAGGUUCCCACUUUGGUUUCCGUGGUCAUCAACCCAGAGCUGCAGACACCGGCCACCAAGUUCUGUCUAAGACAGAGGAACCACAAGGGGCCCAGUAAAAAUGUUUGGGCUGUUGACUUUUUCCACAUCCUGCCCGUGCUUCCGUCGACGGCAUCCCACAUGAUUCAGUUUUCCAUUAACCUGGGCUGUGGAACCCACCAGCCUGGGAAUAGCGUCAGUUUGGAGUUUUCGACCAACCACGGCCGCUCCUGGUCCUUGCUUCACACCGAGUGUCUGCCUGAACUUUGUGCCGGGCCCCACCUCCCUCACAGCACCGUCUACUCCUCAGAAAACUACAGCGGGUGGAACCGGAUAACUACUCCCCUCCCCAAUGCAGCCCUGACCAGAGACACCAGGAUUCGAUGGAGACAGACGGGGCUGAUCGUCGGGAACAUGUGGGCGGUCGAUAACGUUUACAUUGGCCCAUCCUGCCUCAAAUUCUGCUCCGGCAGAGGACAGUGCACUAGAAACGGCUGCAAGUGUGACCCCGGUUUUUCGGGCCCCGCCUGCGAAAUGGCUUCACAGACCUUCCCGAUGUUCAUCUCCGAAAGCUUUAGCAACUCCCGGCUCUCUUCAUACCAGAAUUUUUACUCGAUCCGUGGUGCUGAAGUCAGCUUUGGCUGUGGCGUUCUGACCAGUGGGAAGGCUUUGGUGUUCAACAAAGAUGGAAGGCGUCAGCUCAUCACAUCUUUUCUUGACAGCUCUCAGUCCAGGUUUCUCCAGUUCACGCUGAGGCUGGGCAGCAAGACCGUCCUGAGUUCCUGCAAAGCCCCCGACCAACCCGGAGAAGGAGUUUUAUUGCACUAUUCUUAUGAUAAUGGGAUUACAUGGAAACUGCUGGAACAUUAUUCUUAUCUCAACUACCAUGAACCUCGAAUCAUCUCUGUAGAGUUACCUGAUGAUGCGAAGCAGUUUGGAAUCCAGUUCAGGUGGUGGCAGCCCUAUCACUCGUCUCAGGGGGAAGAUGUCUGGGCCAUCGACGAGAUCAUCAUGACGUCCGUCCUCUUCAACAGCAUCAGCCUCGACUUCACCCACCUGGUAGAGGUCACUCAAUCCCUCGGAUUCUACCUGGGCAACGUCCAACCCUACUGCAGCCACGACUGGACCCUCUGUUUUACAGGCGACUCUAAACUGGCCCCCAGCAUGCGGUAUGUGGAAACACAAUCCAUGCAAAUUGGAGCAUCGUACAUGAUCCAGUUCAGUUUGGUGAUGGGCUGCGGGCAACCAUUCACACCUCACAUGGACAACCAGGUGAAGCUGGAGUAUUCGACCAAUCACGGGCUCACAUGGCACCUUGUUCAGGAGGAAUGUCUUCCAAGCAUGCCCAGCUGCCAAGAGUUUACCGCCGCAAGUAUCUACCACGCCAGUGAAUUCACCCAGUGGAGAAGAAUCACGGUUCUUCUCCCCCAGAAAACUUGGUCUAGUGCCACCCGCUUCCGCUGGAGUCAGAGUUAUUACACAGCCCAAGAUGAGUGGGCGCUGGACAGCAUUUACAUCGGGCAGCACUGCCCAAACAUGUGCAGUGGCCACGGCUGGUGCGAUCGAGGAUCGUGCAGAUGUGACAGAGGAUUUCAAGGCACCGAGUGUCACCCAGAGGCUUCCCUCCCUUCAACCAUCAUGUCAGAUUUUGAGAGCCAGAAUGGUUGGGAGGCGGACUGGCAAGAAGUGAUUGGUGGAGAGGUGGUCAAACCGGAACAGGGAUGUGGGGUCAUCUCCUCUGGAUCGUCUCUGUAUUUCAGCAAGGCUGGGAAAAGGCUGUUGGUGAGUUGGGAUCUGGACACUUCAUGGGUGGACUUUGUCCAGUUUUACAUCCAGAUCGGUGGAGAAACCCCAGCCUGCAACAAGCCAGACAGCAGAGAGGAGGGCAUCCUUCUUCAGUACAGCAACAACGGUGGAAUCCAUUGGAACCUGCUGGCUGAAAUGUACUUCUCAGACUUCAGUAAGCCCAGGUUCGUCUACCUCGAGCUCCCUGCUGCUGCGAAAACACCCUGCACCCGGCUCCGUUGGUGGCAGCCCAAGUUCUCCGGGGAAGACUAUGACCAGUGGGCUGUGGAUGACAUCAUCAUUUUGUCUGAAAAACAGAAACAGAUCAUCCCAGUCGUCAACCCAACUCUACCCCAGAACUUCUACGAAAAGCCAGCGUUCGAUUACCCCAUGAACCAACUCAGCGUGUGGUUGAUGUUGGCGAACGAAGGCAUGGUGAAAAACGAAAGCUUCUGCUCAGUCACCCCGUCGGCGAUGAUAUUCGGAAAAUCAGAUGGAGAUCGCUUUGCAGUCACACGGGAUUUAGCCUUGAAGCCCGGCUAUGUCCUGCAGUUCAAGCUGAACAUCGGCUGCACGGGCCAAUUCAGCAGCCUGGCUCCUGUCCAGCUGCAGUACUCCCACGACGCGGGUCUCUACUGGUCGCUGGUGCGGGAAGGCUGCUACCCGGCCUCCCCGGGGGGCCGGGGGUGCGAGGGGAACGCCCGUGAGCUGCGGGAGCCCACCAUCUACCACACCGGCGACUUCGAAGACUGGACCAGGGUCACCGUCGUCGUCCCCAGAUCGCUCGCAGCCAGUAAGACCAGGUUCCGUUGGAUCCAAGAGAGCAGCUCACAGAAGAACGCACCCCCUUUUGGCCUCGACGGAGUGUAUAUUUCUGAGCCCUGUCCUGGUUACUGCAAUGGCCACGGGGACUGUGUCUCCGGCGUCUGUUUCUGCGACUUGGGCUACACAGCCGCACAUGGGACCUGUGUCUCUAAUGUACCUAAUCACAGUGAGAUGUUCGACAGGUUUGAGGGAAAACUCAGCCCCCUCUGGUACAAGAUAACAGGCGGACAGGUUGGAACAGGCUGCGGGAUGCUCAGCGAUGGGAAAUCUCUGUACUUCAACGGGCCUGGGAAGCGAGAGGCAAGGACAGUGCCCCUGGACACCACCAGCAUCCGAUUAGUUCAGUUUUACACCCAGAUUGGAAGCAAGACAGCUGGCGGCUCCUGCAGCAAGCCAAGAGCCCGGAACGAAGGACUCGUGGUUCAGUACUCAAACGACAAUGGAAUUGUGUGGCAUUUACUGCGAGAGUUGGACUUCCUGUCUUUCCUGGAACCUCAGAUCAUUUCCAUAGAAUUACCACGUGAAGCCAAAACACCUUCAACAGCUUUUCGAUGGUGGCAGCCCCAACAUGGUAAACACUCUGCCCAGUGGGCCCUGGACGACGUGCUCAUCGGGAUGAACGACAGCUCUCGGACUGGCUUUCAGGAUAAAUUUGAUGGCUCGUUAGAUCUGCAGGCCAACUGGUACAGGAUCCAAGGAGGCCAGGUGGACGUCGACUGCCUUUCCAUGGAUACUGCCCUGACAUUCAUUGAAAGUACAGGCAAACCUCGUUAUGCUGAAACCUGGGAUUUCCACGUGUCUGCCUCCACCUUCUUGCAGUUUGAACUGAGCAUGGGCUGCAGCAAACCUUUCAGCGAGUCCUACAGUGUCCAGCUUCAGUAUUCCCUAAACAAUGGGAGAGACUGGCAUCUCGUCACCAAGGAGUGCAUCCCGCCCAUCAUCGGGUGCCUGCAUUUCACCGAAAGCUCCGUGUACACCUCGGAGAAGUUCCAGAAUUGGAAGAGAAUCACUGUCUACCUUCCCCUCUCCACCAUUUCCCCCAGGACCCGUUUUAGGUGGAUUCAGAAUGACUAUGCUCCUGGUGCUGAUUCCUGGGCGAUCGAUAAUGUCAUUCUAGCAUCUGGUUGCCCCUGGAUGUGCUCUGGACGUGGAAUCUGUGACUCGGGCCACUGUGUGUGUGAUAGAGGGUUUGGCGGUUCUUACUGUGUCCCGAUCACCCCUCUGCCCUCUGUUCUGAAAGAUGAUUUCAACGGGAACCUGCAUCCGGACCUGUGGCCCGAGGUCUACGGUGCCGAGAGGGGAAACCUGAACGGAGAAACACUCAAAUCUGGGACAUCGCUCAUCUUCAAAGGGGAAGGACUGAGGAUGCUGGUUUCCAGAGAUCUCGAUUGCACUAAUACCAUCUUCAUACAGUUUUCACUAAGAUUUAUAUCAAAAGGGACCCCAGAGAGGUCUCACGCCAUCCUGUUACAGUUCUCUAUAAGUGGAGGAAUCACAUGGCACCUCAUCGAUGAGUUCUACUUUACUCAGACAACCAACGUCCUCUUCAUCAAUGUCCCACUCCCAAGCACAGCCCAAACCAACGCCACCCGUUUCAGGCUUUGGCAGCCAUAUAAUAACGGCAAGAAAGAAGAAAUCUGGCUGGUAGACGACUUCAUUAUUGAUGGAAAUAAUCUCAACAAUCCCGCGAUUCUCCUGGAUACAUUUGACUUUGGACCCAAAGAGGACAACUGGUUUUUCUACCCUGGGGGAAACAUUGGACUUUACUGCCCAUAUUCUUCGAAGGGGGCCCCUGAGGAAGACUCGGCCAUGGUAUUCGUGUCCAAUGAAGUUGGCGAACACUCCAUCACCACCCGCGAUCUGAGUGUGAAUGAGGACACCGUAAUCCAGUUUGAGAUCAAUGUGGGCUGCUCCACUGACAGCUCAUCUGCGGACCCGGUGAGGUUGGAGUUCUCCAGGGAUUUUGGGGCCACCUGGCACCAGUUGCUGCCUCUGUGCUAUAGCAGCAGCAGUAGCCACGCCAGCUCUCUCUGCUCCACAGAGCACCACCCCAGCAGCACCUACUACCCCGGCACCAUGCAGGGCUGGAGGAGGGAGGUCCUCCAUUUUGGGAAACUGCACCUCUGCGGAUCUGUCCGAUUCCGCUGGUACCAGGGAUUUUAUCCCACUGGUUCCCAGCCCGUGACUUGGGCCAUUGAUAACAUCUACAUUGGCCCCCAGUGUGAGGAGAUGUGUAAUGGGCAUGGCAGCUGCAUCAAUGGAACAAAAUGUAUCUGUGAUCCCGGAUAUUCGGGGCCUACCUGCAAAAUAAGCACCAAAAACCCUGACUUCCUCAAGGAUGAUUUUGAAGGUCAGCUGGAGUCCGAUCGAUUCCUGUUGGUGAGUGGGGGCAAGGCAUCCCGGAAGUGUGGAAUCCUUUCCAGUGGAAACAACCUCUUCUUCAAUGAAGACGGCUUGCGCAUGCUGAUGACCCGGGACCUGGACUUGUCCCAAGCCAGGUUUGUGCAGUUCUUCAUGAGACUGGGAUGUGGGAAAGGCGUUCCAGACCCCAGGAGCCAACCUGUGCUCUUACAGUAUUCCCUCACCGGCGGCCUCUCAUGGAGCCUAAUGCAGGAGUUCCUCUUCAGUAACUCCAGCAACGUCGGCAGGUACAUUGCCCUGGAGAUCCCUCUGAAAGCCCGUUCCAGCUCCACUCGCCUGCGCUGGUGGCAGCCGUCCGAGAACGGGCACUUCUUCAGCCCGUGGGUCAUCGAUCAGAUUCUCAUUGGCGGGAAUAUUUCUGGGAACACCAUCCUGGAGGAUGACUUCACCACCCUAGAUAGUAGGAAAUGGCUGCUUCACCCCGGUGGGACCAAAAUGCCCGUGUGUGGCUCUACCGGGGAUGCCCUGGUGUUCAUCGAGAAGGCCAGCACACGCUACGUGGUGAGCACUGAUGUGGCUGUGAAUGAGGACUCCUUCCUGCAGAUGGACUUCGCAGCCUCCUGCUCUGUCACGGACUCCUGCUACGCUAUUGAACUGGAAUAUUCAGUUGACCUUGGACUAUCUUGGCACCCAUUGUUGAGAGACUGUUUACCGACCAAUGUAGAAUGCAACACAUACCAUCUCCAGAGGAUCCUGGUGUCAGACACAUUCAACAAAUGGACCAGAAUCACUUUACCUCUUCCCCCUUACACCAGGUCCCAGGCCACCCGUUUCCGCUGGCAUCAGCCAGCCCCUUUCGACAAGCAGCAGACAUGGGCACUGGACAACGUGUACAUCGGGGACGGCUGUAUUGAUAUGUGCAGCGGCCAUGGACGGUGCCUGCAGGGGAUCUGUGUCUGCGAUGAUCAGUGGAGCGGGUUGUACUGCGAUGAGCCGGAAAGUUCCCUCCCGACCCAGCUCAAAGACAACUUCAACCGUGCGCCCUCCAGCCAGAACUGGCUGACUGUGAAUGGGGGGAAACUGAGCACAGUCUGUGGUGCCGUAGCUUCCGGAAUGGCCCUGCAUUUCAGUGGGGGCUGCAGUCGCUUGCUAGUCACUGUGGAUCUCAACCUUACCAAUGCCGAGUUCAUCCAGUUCUAUUUCAUGUACGGAUGCCUGAUAACUCCCAACAACCGAAACCAAGGGGUUCUCUUGGAAUUCUCUGUGAACGGGGGCAUCACAUGGAACCUCCUCAUGGAAAUUUUCUACGACCAGUUUAGCAAGCCUGGAUUCGUGAACAUCCUCCUCCCUUCCGAAGCCAAGGAGACGGUGGCCCGCUUCCGCUGGUGGCAGCCGAAGCACGACGGGCUGGAUCAGAACGACUGGGCCAUCGACAACGUGCUCAUCUCGGGCUCGGCCGACCAGCGGACCGUCAUGUUGGACACCUUCAGCAGUGCCCCGGUGCCCCAGCAUGAACGGACCCCGGCCGACGCCGGGCCCACGGGCAGGAUCGCCUUGGACAUGUUCAUGGAAGACAAAACCACAGUGAAUGAGCAUUGGCUGUUCCAUGACGAUUGCUCUGUAGAACGAUUCUGUGACUCUCCGGAUGGAGUCAUGAUGUGUGGGAGUCACGAUGGCCGAGAAGUGUAUGCAGUCACUCAUGACCUAACGCCCACAGAAGGAUGGAUUAUGCAAUUCAAGAUUUCGGUUGGAUGUAGAGAAUCAGAAAAGAUUACCCAGAAUCAAGUCCAUGUGCAGUAUUCCACUGACUUUGGUGUCACCUGGAGUUACCUGGUGCCUCAGUGCCUUCCCGCUGACCCCAAGUGCUCUGGGGGUGUAUCGCAGCCGUCUGUGUUCUUUCCGACAAAAGGAUGGAAGAGAGUCACCUACCUCCUCCCAGACAGCCUGCUGGGCAACCCAGUGAGGUUUCGGCUCUAUCAGAAGUACUCGGAUAUGCAGUGGGGCUUGGACAAUUUCUACCUGGGUCCCGGCUGCUUGGACAACUGCAGAGGCCAUGGAGAUUGUCUGAAAGAACAGUGCAUCUGCGAUCCAGGAUAUUCGGGCCCCAACUGCUACCUGACACACACCCUGAAGACUUUCUUGAAGGAACGCUUUGAUAAUGAAGAACUCAAACCUGAUUUAUGGAUGUCUCUGGAAGGCGGAAGUGCCUGCACGGAGUGUGGGAUUCUGGCCGAGGACACGGCUCUCUAUUUUGGAGGCUCCACCGUGAGGCAAGCCAUCACGCAAGACUUGGACUUAAGGGGCGCAAAAUUUCUGCAGUACUGGGGAAGGAUUGGGAGCGAGAACAACAUGACCUCUUGCCACCGGCCAACCUGCAGGAAGGAGGGCGUUCUUCUGGACUAUUCCACCGAUGGAGGCAUCACUUGGACUUUGCUCCACGAGAUGGAUUACCAGAAGUACAUCUCAGUCCGGCACGAUUACAUCCUGCUUCCGGAACAUGCGCUCACCAACACCACCCGCCUGCGGUGGUGGCAACCGUUUGUCCUGAGCAACGGGAUUGUGGUUUCAGGAGUGGGGCGGGCCCAGUGGGCACUAGACAACAUUUUGAUCGGAGGAGCAGAAAUCAAUCCCAGUCAAUUGGUGGACACCUUUGAUGACGAGGGCGUUUCCCACGAAGAGAAUUGGAGCUUUUAUCCUAAUGCUGUCAGGACGGCAGGAUUCUGUGGAAAUCCAUCUUUCCACCUCUACUGGCCUAACAAGAAGAAAGACAAGACCCAUAAUAUCCUGUCUUCCCGGGAGCUGAUCAUUCAGCCAGGAUACAUGAUUCAGUUUAAAAUCGUGGUUGGAUGCGAAGCUAGUUCGUGUGGCGAUCUCCAUUCGGUCAUGCUGGAAUACACAAAGGACACCAGGUUGGAGUCCUGGCAGCUAGUGCAGACCCAGUGCCUGCCUUCCUCUUCCAACAGCAUUGGCUGCUCCCCUUUCCAGUUCCACGAAGCCACCAUCUACAACUCCGUCAACAGCUCCAGCUGGAAGAGGACCACCAUCCAACUGCCCGAUCACAUCUCCUCUAGUGCCACUCAGUUUCGCUGGAUCCAGAAAGGAGAAGAAGCCGAGAAGCAGAGCUGGGCCAUCGAUCACGUGUACAUCGGUGAGGCCUGCCCCAAGCUGUGCGGCGGCCACGGCUACUGCACCACGGGAGCCAUCUGCAUCUGUGAUGAGGGAUUCCAAGGAGAUGACUGCUCUAUCUUCAGCCACGACCUGCCCAGUUCCAUCAAGGACAACUUCGAGUCGGGAAGAGUCACCGAAAGCAAUUGGGAAACCAUACAGGGCGGAGUGAUAGGAAACGGCUGUGGGCAGCUGUCCCCCUACGCUCACGGAGACUCGCUCUACUUUGACGGCUGUCAGAUAAGGCAAGCGGUCACCAAGCCGCUGGACCUCACGCGAGCCAGCAAAAUCAUGUUCGUCUUGCAAAUUGGGAGCACGUCCCAGACGGACAGUUGCAACACCAAUCUGAGCGACCCCAACACAGUCGACAGGGCUGUGCUCCUCCAGUACAGCGUCAACAAUGGGAUCACCUGGCAGGUCAUCGCCCAGCAUCAGCCCAAGGACUUCAUCCAAGCCCAGAGGGUGUCCUACAAUGUUCCGCUGGAAGCUCGGAUGAAAGGAGUCCUGCUGCGCUGGUGGCAGCCGCGCCACAAUGGAACGGGCCACGAUCAGUGGGCUCUGGACCACGUAGAGGUCGUCCUAGUAAGCACUCGCAAACAAAAUUACAUGAUGAAUUUUUCACGGCAACACGGGUUCCGGCAUUUCUACAACAGGAGACGGAGGUCACUCAGGCGACACCCGUGAAGAAACGAAAAGUUUAUUUUUCCUCCCAACAUGCCAUGUGUUGUGCUUUCCACCCUUUUCCAACCCAGCACUGCAUCUGGUCUCGGGACUCGUCUGCCUCAGGCCCAUGGCGGGCAAUAUGACCCCGGAGCGAGCACCGCUUUUUCUCACACUGUGAACUCAUGAGGAGUGACUGCCUGUCUCCUAGGUAAACGUUUCAGUGUCGAUGUGUCUGUGAAAAUCGUGUGAUCUGUUGUGAUAUCGGUUACCGUGGCAGUAUUGGGAAUAAGCAACAAACUCUGUUCAACCGGGGGAAAGAAAAAAAGAAAAAGUUUAAGCACAAGAGACGUAUGAGAUUUUAUGUUUAAGAAUGACACUUAGUCCUGGACUUACCAUUCUCGGUCACUUAGCGAUGUAAAUGUGCUGUAUCCCUGCUCUGUAACACAAUUUAUUCGAUUAAGUUACCACUGUUCGUCCUUUAUGCGUCCUCUUCGACGCCAUGGCACACUGGCACUGUAUUUCACCCAUUAUGUUGUUGUGAUAUUUUACUGUCGAUUCUGGGGGCUACUCACCCUGCCGAAAGUCAACUGAGAUACCUAAUCCCGAAAAGAGUAGCCAAGCAGAUGUAAAGACAUUCUAUCUCCUUCGAUAUCACACUUCGAUACGUCUGUUGGAUAGCAUUUUAUGGAUGAGGAAUGCUUGACCUCGGAUUUUUUUUUUCCUACCAAGCAGCUGUGGAUAACGCACUCGCCCCCACCGCCACAAAGGCCCCACGCCUUGUCUAAAGUAAUGGUUUUCUGUGGCCGAUUAACUACCAGUACCUGCCAUUCGGUGUCUGUGGUAACGGAGUGAUUUGUAAAACAGUGAACGUUUUCAUCGUGUUCUCCCUGUGGUUCGUUUGGAUUGCGGCCCCCGUUUGUAUCUCCCGAUGAAGUCGUCCCCGCACCAGCCACAUCGCAAUGGCUCCGUAGCCUCGAAUCGACCGGUCGUGAACAAAAAUGUUUCCUUUAGGGUGACCCUGUUUCCGGACCCCCGCUUCAAUAAAGAACAUGUCCAGAACCCCC